AUCUUCAAAAGUAUUUGGCAGCAACUUUCUUUUACAAAGCAAGUGAAUCAAAAAAAUAAACAAAGGAUACAUUACAAAAUGUCUGCCUACCUUUACUUUGCUGGUACUAAUUGGUGUGUAUUUAAUAUUCCCCAGGCGUAUUUGGAGCAUUACAGGGUUCCUGAACUUCCUAAGCUCAAGAAAUUUGUGGUAUCUGUGUUGGCAUGGUCCGACGCGAGUGUCUUAGGUUGCACAGAUGCCACGAGGGCUGCUCCACACUUGGAGGAAUUUGAGGUGAAGGUGUUUUGGAUGCAACCCCAGAGGUCAAAAAGAGAGUGUAUUAAGGCUGUUAGAUGUCCGCACCAUCACCUCAAAGUGCUCAAGUUGCUUGGAUAUUAUGGCCGUAUGAGUGAACUUGAACUUGUUAGAUACUUUCUGGAAAAUGCUACUGCACUUGAGAAAAUCAUUGUUGAUCCCUGGUGUCAAGAUCUGGUCACUUUGACCCCCUCUGAAAUUCAAGAGGGGGAAAUAGCAAGAAAUUUUGCUAAGCUCCAGCUUGAAAGUGAAGUACCCCCACAUAUUGAGUUGGUAAUACUGUGAAACUAAGUUUUUAUGGAAAUAAUGUGUUAGUUUUCGGAUUAUGAUUGUAUUUCUAAGGGAGCUUAUCGUUUGAUCUAAUUUAUAUAUUGAACCUUUGUUUAUUUUGCCUAAUUUUCUCAGCGGAUAUCAGGUUGGUUUGUGAUAUUUAUGUCUUGUGUCAAAUAUACCAUUGUGAUCUAACGAGAAAAUUAUUAUUUACUCCUGUCUCAAUUUUUUUGUGCUCCUUGUAUGAGCAAAGUAUAUUUCUACUAUUAAUAAGUGAAACUCCUUUGGACUACCAAGGAUGUUUUCGGUAUUAUGCAUUUGUUAAGGAAUAAUUUGGAAAUUCCAUCUUCAUUGCUCAACUGCUACGUUGAGACUUCCAGCUUCAGCUGUCCAACUUGAAGCACCACACGUGGUUUAGAUUCCCCUCCACCUUUUGCCCUUCUUCUCUCUGUAUGAAAGUAACAAGUUUCAUCUCUUUCCUUCCAUGCCUCUCUUCCUGGAUGGUUGGACCGAGAGUUGUGAAUGCAAGUACUGCUGGGUCUGGAUAGAUUUGAGAGCAGCGAAGCACUUCUAUGUCGGUCAUUAGUUUGAUUAAUUCAGAUUCGUGCGGGAUGAAGCUACUAAAUGGAUAAAGAGAGUGUUUGAGAGUGCUUAUAAUUUGGUCAAAACAAUUUAUAAGUAUUUUUUUAUUUAUAUUGAUGUUUGACAAAAUUUUAUAUUGCUUAAAAUAAGUUGAUUUUGGCUUUUUUUUAAGUCAAAAGCAAUAAGCAGCCUAAUAGGUGCUUAUUUUUUUAGAAUUUUAAGUUGACUAACAAAAUUAUCCUCUUAUCCCUUGCAAUUAAAAGUUAUUCCAGUUUUA